AUGCCCAAGCAUAAGUCCUUCCUCAAGGAAACCAAGUCAAAGAAGAAGUCUGCUUCAAAGCAGGCGCCAGUGACAGCCGAUGAUUACCUUGCUGCGGGCGUCGAGCUAGAAGAAGCAGGCGAGAAAUGGCGAGCCGGCGAUGCGGCCAAAUCCAUGCGAUUCUUCAUGCGAGCUAUCACAAACUACGACGAAGGAUUGCAGAAACAUCCCGGGACUUUCGACCUAGCCUAUAACAAAGCCCGAGUCCAAUACGAAAUCACCCAACAUCCCAAGCUGGCGGCACAACUCCCAGCGCCACAGGGGGAGAUUCUGCAGGUGGCACUGCAGUCACACCGGGAAGCGCUGGUUCUAGAACAGGACAAUGCUGACGUGUUGUUCAAUUCGGGCCAGGUGCUGACGAGUCUGGCGGAGUCCAUGUCGAACUCCAAGCACCCUGGCGAAGAGCAGUUGGUGCAGGCUGGCACUUAUUUGCAAGAGGCCAUUGAGUUGUUUCAGCGGUGUUUGAUGGUGCAGGAGAUGAAGUAUACUGAGAGACAGGAGGAGAUUGAGGCAAUGGAAUCUGGGGCUAUGCCGCCCCAGGAGCCGGAGCCAGAGCCUGUGGAGCAGAUGCAGACGCAAGCUGAGGGCUCGGGUGAGGAACCGGAGCAGGAACAGGAGCAGUGGGCCAUGAUUGUUGAACCUGUUACGAAGAACACCCUGGUUGAUACAGCCGUGGCGCAGUUGGAGACUCUGACGACAUUGUGCAACUUGUUGACAUUCAACCCCGGUGCUGGUGGUGUUGGCUGGGUGCAGGAGUAUUCGUCAGAGCUGGUGGAGUCGCGGCUCCCUGCUUAUGCCGAGGGCUCAGACAGACAGUAUGAGGGGGCUUGGCACGAGCCAAGUUCAUCUCAGGAGGUUGGGCAGGUGUUUGGGCCGGAUCUGGAUGUUUCCGCGGACCCUGAAGGACUAUGCGCCAAAGCAGAUGCACUCACAUCACUCAAUGCAUCGCUUAACGAUAUUCCCCCAUCCGAGGAUGAUGAGGCAUUCGAGAACGCCGUGGCAGUCCGUUGGAAAACACUUUCGACCGCCUUGGAAGCUCUGACAGCUGCAUCCAAACACCCAGAUGCUGACAACCUGCCAAAGAUCCACGUUGGACGGGGAGACGUGGAGAUGCACCGCUGGCGACUGGGCCGCGCACCUUGGAACCAUGCCAUGGCGAAACAGAAUGGCGCCAUGCUCCUGCGCAAUGCGCAGACAUACUACCGUGGCGCCGCUGCAUUAGCCCGUCGCGAUGGGGCAGCCGAGGAAGAACGGGACGGAUCAUGCAAGGAAGCAAUUGCCGCAGCACUGGAGGGCCAAAACACUAAGCUUGAACAGCUCAAAAUCACUGCCCUGCAGCAGCUGGUCGCCGUAGCACAGGAUAUGGUGGAAGACGGACUGGUCGAUGGAAGGGAACUGAGUGCGCUGAUCUCAUGA